AUGUAUACUGAUAAUAAUUACUCAGACAGAGAAAGCGAAGGCGAAGAUAGAAGUCCGGAGAAUAGCCCGAGUAUCACGAAAAAGUCGCUGUCCACAGUUUGUUUUAGAAAUAAUCUAGAUAACCAAAAUACAAGACCUUUAGCACUACGUGCGACUCAGUCAUUCACUGGGGCUGUUGAAGAGCUAAGACUAUGUGGGAAUUUUCAAAGAAUAAAUUUAUGCAAUAGAAUGAAUAUUCCAUCGGCACCUAAAUCAACUAUAUGUCCAUGCGGAUGUUUAUUAAGACCUGCAACCACAGGUCCAUUCAGGACUAGAGAACAGAAUACAUUAGCAUUGCAUGUAGUGUCACCUGAAGCACUUAAUUAUCACGGCUACUGCUAUGAGCCCAGUCAAAUAGCAAUGUUUUGGAAAAAAGACUGCAGAAUGUUUUUAUGGAAAGGAAAGGCUAAAAUAAAAAAGGAAAUAGAUGCUGAUCCUCAAAAGAUUAACCCAGCAUAUUGAUUUUUAUACUUAUUAUAUUAUAUAUUAAACAAAAUAAACAGUAUUAAC